AUGGAUCACAAUAUCGAGGCCAACAUCCAACUUGGAGAACGUUUCGACGAAUUUUGUAAACACUACAUACGAAGUACGUCCAAGAUCAGCGAUUUAAUGAGGCUGCGGGUAAGCUAUUAUUUAUAGUUGAUUCCUUAUAAAUUUCCAAUAAGUCUAUCCAAAAGAAAUUAAAAAACUAAAGUAACAUCUUCCUUACUAGUUUUCUAACUCUUUUAUGACAUCGGUUUUGACAGUUUUACACUUUAGACAGUCAGUAAACGCGGAGCCGUAUGGGUUUACCGUUUGGUAUGCGAAAUCAAUGUUAUUGUUCACGAACGGUACGUGGAAAUAUACUCCGGUCCGACGAGCAAGUUCAAGUUUGCUUCCAAAAAUGGCAGUUUCUUUGAGUUUGUGGACUUUGUGAUGCACAACCAUUGUAUAUUGGUGGGGUUGGAUGCCAGUGGUUUUGUAAAUCCAUUCGACUAUGUUGCUGGAUGCAGAUACGACUAUAAAUGCACGAAAUGUAGGUUUAACUAUACUCGUUAUAGCUUAUUUAAAGGAUUAACUAAAUAAACAAAGAGGAACAACUGAUAGUACUGAUUAAAGGAGAGAUUUGCAUUAUAUUUAGUUUUGUAUUAUUUACUCUUAACAUUUACAGACCUCCCGGAGCCUAGAAUCAACAAUGUAACAGUGAUAGUGGCGGUGUUGUCUUGUCGUUUGAGUAGAGCAAGGGUACCACCUGAAGUUGUGGUACAGUAUGAAGGAUAUAGUAACCCCAUUGAUCUACCUCCUUUAGUUUUUGAAGAAUUGAUCAUCGAUAUGAGUAGGCAGUAUGUUUUCCAGAUUGCUUAACUGACUCAAAACUUUUAAAAUUUUAGUUCACGACUGAUCGGAUCAAUAGACCACCAUGAGGUGGAGAGGUUAGUCUUGGAACUUAAUCCUUAUCUGAGUUCUGGGUAUUCUGUUGCUCAAUCUAUUAAAGCGUAAGUCAAAUUUGAAGCAUACUUUUUGAUAGUAUGGUCAACGUGAAGUUACGCACAUUAAUUCUCUUUUAGGGGUACUGUAUUGUCAUCCUCAUUGAAACACUUGACACUGUUCAUGAAAAUGAACUCUGACUGCUACGUUUACAAUGGGGCUAAUGUUUUAAAAGGCAUGGUAGACAUCUUAGAAGCACGUGGAGUUCGUUUAGCUUCUUUAACAGUCAAACUGCACGAAACGGUAGGUUACUGUAACAUAGAUUAAGAUUUUUAGGCGUGUGCUACAGUAAGACAGAACUUCACUCACUGGAUGUUUAAAACCCUCAUGUUAGACUUGGAUCAGCUGUUGUCAUACCCACUUCAGAUCACAUUUGAAGUGAAACUGAAGGUGAAGUUAGCUGGACCUUGGGGAUUGCCACAAACAGCCGGAGCCCACCUAUCCCUUAUUUCUAGUAAUUCAACUUUACAGAGUGUAAACGCCAAAUUACUGCCACGGUACACCACAUUCAAACAUCAGAAGUAUAACCUCACAACUGACUUUAGUAUAGAAGCAGUUUAA